AGUUGAGCCUGCUUGACAGUUGUGUGACGUAGGGUGAUAAUUGGUCUAUAAACAGGUUUCGCACAGGUUCUGCGCGAUCAAAAUAGUUUGUGGGUUAAGAUCCAUCAAAUGCAAUGGAGAUUUUGGAGUUAUUGCCUUCCAGUUUUGGAUAUGUUAUCCUUACAUACUUGUAUAGCUGGAUAAUGUUGUGUUAUCUCGGGAUUAAGGUUGGGGGCGCCAGAAAGAAGUACGAUGUCAAGUAUCCCACGAUGUACAGUGACAAGGAUCCAGUGUUCAAUUGUAUUCAGAGGGCCCAUCAAAACACACUAGAGGUGUACCCACAGUGGCUUGUGUUCCAGACUAUUGCGUCACUUGUCUACCCAACCUCAGCUGCUGUGCUUGGGGCCAUCUGGGUGACUAGCAGGUUCUCCUAUGCAUGGGGCUACUACACCGGAGACCCAGUCAAGAGGAUGCAAGGCGCCUAUGGAUAUAUUGGGUUAUUUGGAGUCAUCAUUCUUACAAUUUCAGUGGCUUUGCAGUUGCUGGGGGUAAUUUAGGGUGGAUACCACCAUACCAGUAUAUACUUCCGUAAAGGCUUGUACCUUUCAUUCCGAUCACCACUUUUAUAUUGAUUGUUCAAUUUUUCAUAAAUGUUUAGAUAUUUGGAUUUUGUUCCACCAAUACUUUAAUAAAAAUUGACAGACUUUAGACAAAAUGUGUUGCAGCGGUAUAGCCUAAUUAGAGAACUAUUCGGUAUGUUCUCACAAAUAUGAAGGCUACAUUAAAGGCUCUGUUAAGUCACUGCUAAA